AUGCCACUGUUAGUAGAGCUAUUGUCUGGUAAUGAUACGUUUCUGAAAAUAUAAUUUUAUUUGCUGAAGGUUAUCGAGGUGAAGAGGAUAUGGUUUCCCUUUUUGAGACUGCCAGUCUCUUCAUUAUAUGGUUUUUACUUGCACAUUAAUGUAGUUCCAUAUAAAAAUUAUAUGCAGAAUUAGAUAAUUAAUGUUAUUAAUUUUCCUGUGAUUGAAUUCUUUUAAAGUUUUAUCAUCUUUGUUAACUUUAUAUGCUUUUUGCUUCGAAUAAGUAAGAUUGUUUGGAUCAAAGUUCUGUAAGACAUACAUUUGUAUAUUAGGAAAUGGAAAAAAGAAAAAAAAAAGAUAUUGCAAAGAUCAUGAGUUGAGCAAGCUGUGACUCAUUUAUUGACUAUAGUCCCCUAAUCAAGGAAGCUGCCUGCAUUAAUUUUCAUAUCAAUAAGCAAGUUUAUAACUUUAAUGAGCAAUCCUGCAUUAAUUUUCAUAUUAUUUUUACUAUAAUAUUGCUCUAUAAGAACUUAAUUUCAUUUUUUUUUUCAUUUAAUUUCUUGUUUUAAUUUUUUGUAGAAUACAUGAAUCUAUUGAUAAAUUCAAUAUCACUGAAAAAAAUUUUAUUGGCCAUCAUUUUCUUUGUUUCUACUUUUUUGAUUUAUUAGUUUUUCUACAUAUAGAAGUCAACAUUUACGCAUGUAUAGAUCUAAAAAAAUGGUGUAAGUAAUCAAUGAAUUUUAGUUAUGAAUUCGAAUUGAUGAAAAAAAAAAGGUGUAAAUGUGGAAUUGUCUUGGGUCUAUCGAUUCCAAGGCCCCUCUUGAAAAUCCCAAAGGAAAAUGUUUCUCUUGUUUGAUCAUACCAAUGUAUAAAGAAGUUUCAGCCUUUCUUCUUUAUUUGUCCUCACCUUCUCACCAUUAUUUGCUUAAAUUUUUUAAAAGCUCCUCUGGCUAUAUCCACACUCAAUUGUGUCGCCUCUGUAUUCUCACAAACUAUUUAUAACAGCAAUGAAUCAAUUUGUAAAGCAACCAAAUCCAAUUCUAUUUAGCUUUUGGUCAUGGGAAAAGGCUAUAAACUUUACUUCUUUUGGGUUGUAUCAGUUUGCCUGCUUUUGAGCUUUGCAGAGCUCAUUAUUGAAGCAGCUCCAGAAGAAGCUCUCAUUACUUAUCUACCUGGUUUCAAUGGAACUUUGCCUUCAAAACACUAUGGAGGCUAUGUAACCUUCGAUGAGAAGAAUCUUUUCUACUAUUUCAUUGUUUCGGAAAGAAACCCAUCUGAAGAUCCUGUCGUUUUGUGGCUCAAUGGAGGACCUGGGUGCUCUAGCUUUGAUGGAUUUGUAUACGAACAUGGACCAUUCAAUUAUGAAGAAGGGCAGCCAAAAGGAAGCCUGCCAAUACUGCAUCUCAAUCCAUACGCUUGGUCCAAGGUUUCAAACAUUAUUUAUUUAGACUCUCCUUGUGGGGUUGGCCUUUCUUACUCCACUAAUACAAGUAAAUACACAACAGAUGACUGGCAUACUGCUGCUGAUACGCAUACUUUCCUUCUUAAGUGGUUUGAAUUAUAUCCAGAGUUCAUAAACAAUCCAUUCUAUAUUUCUGGGGAGUCCUAUGCUGGAAUUUAUGUGCCUACUCUUGCUUUUGAAGUAGUGCAAGGAAUAAAGGCCGGUGUACAACCCAUUCUCAAUUUGAAGGGUUAUCUAGUUGGUAAUGGGGUUACAGAUACUGAUUAUGAUGGCACUCUGAUUUCCCUUGUGCCUUUUGCACAUGGAAUGGGACUCAUCUCAGACGAUAUUUAUGAGGAUGUUCAAUCUUCCUGCUAUGGAAACUACACUGAUCCUAAUUGCCCUCCGAGCAUUGACAAAGUUUAUGAGACUCUUGAUGGGCUAAACAUUUAUGACAUCCUAGAGCCUUGCUACCAUGACCCAAAUGCAUACAAAGAUGGAAAAGGAAACACAAGCUUGCCAGUGAGUUUCCGGCAAUUAGGGGUAACAGAGAGACCUCUUAAAGUGAGAAAGAGAAUGUUUGGCCGUGCUUGGCCUCUUCGUGGGCAACUCAAACCUGGCACCUUGUGGCCUGAACUUGCUCAGCAUGGCAGUGUCAUGUGCUUUAAUGAUGAAAUUGCAACUGCGUGGCUAAAUGAUGAAUCAGUUAGGAAAGCAAUUCAUGCUAAACCGAAAUCCAUUGCUGGUCCUUGGGAGUUAUGCUCGGGUAGAAUAAGUUAUGCAAGUUUUAGCUCUGGAAGUAUGCUUCCAUACCACAAGAACUUAACCACCCAAGGAUAUCGAGCACUUAUAUACAGUGGAGACCAUGAUAUGUGUGUGCCUUUCACUGGAACUCAGGCAUGGACCAGAUCCCUUGGAUAUAAGAUUGUUGAUGAAUGGAGGUCAUGGAUAUCUAAUGAUCAAGUUGCUGGGUACUUGCAAGGAUACGAUUACAACUUUACCUUUCUAACCAUUAAGGGUGCAGGGCAUACAGUCCCAGAAUACAAGCCAAGAGAAUCAUUGGACUUCUACAGGCAUUGGUUGGAUGGAAAGCCAAUAUGAUUAACUGCAAAAAACUAGCUUUUAAUAGACAUUGUUCAAUUUUUAAUGUUCUCUCUUAAAUAGGAAGUAAGGAAUAAGCAGUUCAUCAUCUGUCACCUUUUUCCUUUCCCUAGCCAUCAAGUUGGAUAUAUAUUCCUUUGAUCUUAAUUUUAUUUUCCUACCAGUCAAAUAAUUAAUGAAAUCAUUGCA